ACUUUUCAUUACAGCAUAGCACAACGCCCAGAAGAUUCGAUGCCCGUCCUCAAUGUUGGCCACCUUUGGGUUCUCGUCUACUCCAUCAUCUUUGUCGAUUCUGGUAGGCAAAACAUCAAACAACUUGAGCGCACAGCUUGUAGAACAAAGAUACUAUGAUUUUACCGGUGGUAAAGCUAGGAACCCUUGCUCUCAAAACUAUCUGCAAGCCCAUAGCCAAUCGCCUCAAGAAGGAAGCAGGGCUGCACCCAAGGUUCCGCCAGUUAAUAAUCAACAUUGCACAGGCAAAUCAUCGAUUCACAACAACGGUGCAAAGACACAUCUACGGUCAUGCAACCAAUGUUGCAAUUCGCCCAUUGGAUGAGGAGAAGGCUGUCCAAGCUGCUGCUGAUCUUAUUGGGGAACUAUUUGUGUUCACUGUUGCUGCAGCUGCUGUUACUUUUGAAGUCCAAAGAAGUUCUAGAGCAGAGGCAAGAAAGGAGGAAAUGCGAAUACAGGAAUUACAGGAGAUGAAGCAAAAAGACGAAGAAUUAGCAAGGGAAGUUGAACUUCUUAAACAGAAAGUGGAAGAGCUGGAACUACUUGCCAAAGAACGAGGGCUUGCUGGUCUUUUCAACUUCAGACAUGGCCAUGUGACAAAAGAUGAAAAGUAAAUCUAACAUGAGUGCAAGAAUCAACUGCAAUUAGAAGUUACAAAUAAAAUAUGAUACUUAACUAUGGAGAAGCAAGCGUGCACUUUGUGCCUAAAAAUUUUCUGUUUGCCUUAUUUUGAAGAACGUAGACAUUUCAGAACUUUCUACAAAUGAUUCAAUUAACACGUGACAAUAUAUCUACAGCUCAUAGGCACUACAGUUGAGAAAAAGCCUAGAAACUUGAUAGGGUUAUUCAACCCCCCCCCCCCCCCCCCCCACGCAACCCCAACCCCCGCGGGCCCUUCUUUUUGCACCAUUUGCUGGUGAAUUUAGUUCAGAUUUGUACCAGGAGGCCCUUUGGAGAUUGUACAUACAAUGCAAACUUCUGCACCUUCUGUUGCUUUGAAUGGACUAAUACCAUCCUGGUCAUCUGUAAACCAUAUGUCUGUAUCCCGAUCCUGUAAACAGUUGCUUUAAGUUGCCUGAUGGACCUCAUAGCACAUAUUUUUACAUAACUGCUUAUCUGCAAAAUAAGAUGGGAAGGCUUUUUGUCGCAAGGAAGAAGAGAAAUUCAUCGAUGUUAAAACCAACACGAUACUAAGAGGUCCUGUUAAAAGCACAGAAAAAUAACAUUAAAACCAAUGAAGAACCAAAAUUCAAGGCAGCUACACUUGUCCGAGGUAAGCAUUGUUUAUUAGCCAUAAGGUCAGCGACUUUCGAUCUAGGUCAUUUCAAAGACCAGUGAUUUCCAUGUAUCUAUUCUUUCACAAGCACCUUUUUGAAAAAUUAUUUCAUGCAAUCAAUAAAUAUAUAAUGGUUAUAUACU